ACUAUUAGAUGCUCAGAUUCGACUUUAUGAAUCAAAAAGUGUGUUUGAGAUGUCUGUUACGUAUACGUAGGCAUGCGCAGUAGAAAACCACUAAUCACUUUAAUUAUUCUCGAGUUCUUUCGCGAAUUCUCGUAUUGUCCUCGGGAUAUAAACAUUAAAUCGCGCAGGAGUUAACAGUUAAAAUAAUUUCUUGCCAUUUUCACAUCUUGUCAUUUUUUUCAUGGCAACGAAGUUAAUGAAGAAAUGAACUUUAACUACUUAUGAAAGAAAUAUAGAAAAAAUAAUCAUGGCAACUAUUGAUGAUGAUUCAGUAUACAGCACUUUGUCAAACUUCGUGGUUGAGAAAAAAAUUGGUCGUGGACAGUUUAGUGUUGUCUAUCGAGGAAGAUGUGUUGCAAAUGAUCAGAUUGUUGCUCUCAAGAAGGUUCAGAUCUUUGAAAUGCUUGAUGCUAAAGCAAGACAGGAUUGUAUAAAAGAAAUAGAGUUGUUAAAGCAACUAAACCAUCCCAACGUAAUCAAAUAUUUGGCAUCUUUUAUUGAAAAUAAUGAACUAAACAUUGUUCUCGAGUUAGCAGAUGCUGGUGAUUUGUCACGAAUGAUAAAGCAUUUCAAGAAAAAUAACAAACUUAUUCCCGAGAAAACAAUAUGGAAAUAUUUUGUUCAACUGACUGCUGCAUUGCAACACAUGCAUUCAAGACGAGUAAUGCAUCGAGAUAUCAAGCCAGCCAAUGUUUUUAUUACUGCCUCUGGUGUUGUAAAAUUGGGUGAUCUUGGUCUUGGAAGAUAUUUUAGUUCUAAGACAACUGCUGCUCAUUCUUUAGUGGGAACGCCAUACUAUAUGUCUCCAGAAAGAAUUCAUGAAACUGGUUAUAAUUUUCGUUCCGAUAUUUGGUCCUUAGGAUGUUUACUAUAUGAGAUGGCUGCUUUGCAGUCGCCUUUCUACGGUGAUAAAAUGAAUCUUUACUCACUGUGCAAGAAAAUUGAAAAAUGUGACUAUCCACCAUUGCCAUCAGAUAUUUAUUCCAAAGAGUUGCGUGAUCUUGUUCAAGCUUGCAUCACACCAGACCCUGAUCACAGACCUGAUGUUGAGUAUGUCAAUGAGGUAGCAAAUCGAGCUUUUCAAGCAUUUUUGACUUGAACUGAUAGAAAAAAUAUAGAGGCACAACAAUUGAAUUUAAAAUGAAUUAGUAUGAUGAUGUGGUGUGGAGGCUAAAUUUUAUUUCUCAACAAUUUAUUUGUACAUGUUAAAUAUUACCAUGUUUAGUUUUGUGAUUACAAAACUUGAUGAGAUCCUCAUGGUUUUUAACAACUUCCACCACACUUGUCUGCCUUGUCCAUAGCAAUACUAAUAUAUUUCUUUUUAUACAAUGUGUAAUAAUAAUGGUAUUAAUUAUAGUAGGCUUAAAGUACUUUGUACAACCAAUAAAUUUUUAUCGCUUUCAAAA